AACACGUCCAAGAGAGAGAUGGCAACGUCAACGCGCAUUAUGAUGAGCCCAUGGAACCGUCGGAUGUGAACGCACUUCUUCCUCCCGUUGGUGAUCGACCCCUAUAUAGGUUUACAUAUCUGAUCAUCUGACACUGAUCGGCGCAUCUCUCUUGAAGAGACCAGGCACGAAGCAGAAGCUAAGAAAAAAAAAUCAUUCAAGUGCUCUCCUUUCGGUCUGCAGGAGGGACGGGAGGAGACUGACUGCGCUUCCCCGCAUCAUACUCUUCCUCUCGCUGCUGAUAACCCCAUCACAAUGGCUCUGACCAUCUGCACCAGAUUUACGGACGAAUAUCAGCUUUUUGAAGAGCUCGGAAAGGGUGCAUUCUCUGUUGUGAGGCGAUGUGUGAAGAUAUCAUCCGGCCAAGAGUAUGCGGCCAAAAUCAUCAACACAAAGAAGCUGUCAGCCAGGGAUCACCAGAAGCUGGAGAGAGAGGCAAGGAUUUGCCGUCUCUUGAAACACCCGAAUAUUGUUCGACUCCACGACAGUAUAUCGGAGGAGGGUUUCCAUUACCUAGUUUUUGAUCUGGUUACUGGAGGUGAGCUGUUUGAAGACAUUGUAGCAAGAGAGUACUACAGUGAGGCUGAUGCCAGUCACUGCAUUCAGCAGAUUUUGGAGAGCGUUCAUCACUGCCAUGUUAAUGGGAUCGUCCACAGGGAUCUGAAGCCUGAGAAUUUGCUGUUGGCCAGUAAGAUGAAGGGGGCGGCAGUUAAGCUUGCUGACUUUGGUUUGGCCAUAGAGGUCCAGGGUGAUCAGCAGGCAUGGUUUGGUUUUGCUGGUACUCCAGGGUACCUGUCCCCAGAGGUCUUGAGGAAAGAUCCUUAUGGCAAACCUGUGGACAUGUGGGCCUGCGGUGUGAUUCUCUACAUUCUGCUGGUUGGAUAUCCACCAUUUUGGGAUGAAGACCAGCAUCGCCUCUAUCAGCAGAUUAAGGCUGGUGCAUAUGACUUUCCUUCUCCUGAGUGGGACACAGUGACCCCUGAUGCUAAAGAUCUGAUUAAUAAGAUGUUGACUAUCAAUCCUUCUAAACGCAUCACAGCUGCUGAAGCCCUCAAACACCCUUGGAUCUGCCAACGCUCCACUGUAGCCUCUAUGAUGCACAGACAGGAAACUGUGGAGUGCUUGAAGAAAUUCAAUGCCAGAAGGAAACUCAAGGGUGCAAUUUUGACCACUCUCCUGGUCACAAGAAACUUCUCAGCAGCCAAGAGCUUGUUGAACAAGAAGACAGAUGGUGUGAAGGAGCCACAAACUACCGUGAUCCACAACCCAGUGGACAGAAACAAGGAGUCUACAGAGAGUGCCAACACAACCAUCGAGGACGAGGACAUUAAAGCUCGAAAGCAGGAGAUCAUAAAGGUGACCGAACAGCUGAUUGAAUCCAUCAACAACGGAGACUUUGAGGCUUACGCAAAGAUUUGCGAUCCUGGCCUUACUUCCUUUGAGCCAGAAGCUUUGGGAAAUCUGGUGGAGGGGCAUGACUUCCACCGGUUCUACUUUGAGAACGCACUGUCCAAAGGUAAUAAACCAGUACACACUAUCUUGCUGAACCCCCAUGUGCACCUGAUCGGAGAGGAUGCGGCAUGUAUCGCGUACAUCCGUCUGACCCAGUACAUGGAUGGCAGUGGGAUGCCACGCACCAUGCAGUCAGAGGAGACCCGUGUCUGGCACCGUCGAGAUGGCAAGUGGCUAAACAUACACUUCCAUCGCUCUGGAGCCCCCAGCGUGCCCAUCAUUUAAUGGAAUAUUAGGCUUCAAUUUUUCCCAACUGAGGAGAAACCAUCAGCAAAAACCCAACUGUCUUGUCAGUCAAGCUGGAGGUGUGUCUCCUAAGCCACACCUGCUUUCCAACAACCACGCCCCUCUCCCCUCCCCCUCGAGGGUUGUUUACAUGUUACCGCACAUGGACCAGAGAAUUCAAGCAUUUUGCUAAAGGUCAUCACUUACACCAAAACCCGUGGGCCAUUCGCAUAUAUGGACAGUAUUAAAAGGAGUGUAUUUUUAACGUUCUUUUCUGUUUCUUUUUUUUUUUAAGCUGUUUUGGUAUGCAUUUUAAAUGUAUAGAUAUGUAAAGAGAAUCACCUUUCCCCAAGUCUGUACUGUAUUUUUAUGUCUAUUUAUGUGUGUGCAAUAUAUCAAAUUUUGAAAGAUAAGAAUGUUAAUAUUGAGCUUGCUAUUGUUCUGGUGAUGUACAUACGUCGUGAUCGUUCAGAUAAAAAAAUGAUAAAAUAAAAAUGUU